ACUGACAGUUUUAACUCGGCUACGUUUAAGAGAGGGUUUAAAUCUAAGUUUAAUUCUACAGGUGUGCACAUAAAGAUCUUACAAUAAUAUCUGGAUUUACUGACAUUUUGUCUUAUUCAAGUUAUUGGAUUUUAUAAAUGAAAAAUUUUUAACAAUUCAGAUGAAAGUUGAAAAGUGAGAGGAAAAGAUAUAAAUUGUAAGAAAUUCACGAUGCAGUUUCUCUGGAUACAGGCGUUGGUGACACUGGUUCUAGUGGGCUUGUCCUCGCAGCAUCAGUGUGAUGAGUGUGACUGUAUUAUCAGCGCUGACGAUGGCUGUAAAGGCGUUCACUUAACAACUCUCACGUGCAUGGAUGGCACAGUCACGUGGUAUAACCCGACAGGUGCGCUGAGAAUCGAGCUUAAACCGGAAAGAACUGGUAACUUCCGAUCCUGCUUCAUCGUGAACACUGGAGAUGUAAAACUGAAGGUUUCACGAGAAGUAGACUUGAACAUAAAUUCAAAGUCACCAUCGCAACGGAAUAAGUUUGAACUUAACGACCAUAACCUCCAAACUUUGGUUACAUUUGAAGGGAAGAGCAAAGAAGUAUGCAUCCAGGCAACGGAUUCUGUGAUCCUAUAUUUGGAACCGGAAGUUGAUGAGACUCUUGGAUACAAGAAGGUCGUGUUCCAGUAUGAUUUGACAUUUAUUCCAAAAGACGAAAAAUCACCCAUUGAAGAAUGCCGGCCAUGCAGUGAAGAAGAAAUACUAAAAGCUUACUGCUCCAGUGACUUUGUGAUUGUUGGAAGCAUGGAAUCGGUUCAUCACCAUGACGACAUUGACAAAACCAAGAUCGACGUAGAAGUAGCUCAGAUAAUCCGUCACACUGGUUCUCAUUUCUCACGACCACGACGGGACUUAGCACUGCAGGGAACUAUUCUAGCACCUAGAAAAUGUGGAGUAUCUAAAGGCGAUGGCUUAUUUCUGAUGACGGGAAGGGUUAGGCUCGGGGAAUUGACUAUGGGUUGCGCCCCGUACCUUGACGAGUGGGAAGCCAUCGUCAGCAGAGCAGAGCAGGAAGGGAGAAUGGAAUGUGCAAGAGAUUGACGAGACAGAAAGUUCUAGUCACGUGAUCUACCUCAGCCUCUUUUGGCUACCGGAAGUGAUGUCACGAAGGGGAGAGACUAUAAGCAUCACUUCAAUCAACCAGAGCUGACGACUGAUUAAGGGAGGAGACCUGAAAUAUUGCUAAUAAAUGAUCUGCAAGGAGCACCCUGACUCAGCUCUGGAAGAAUAUGCCUUAUACUGUACAGACAUGGGAUGUUUGAUUGUUGAUACUGUAACUUCAUGCUCAUACACAGCCCUGAGAUUCAAGGAAAUAUUUCCUUAGCGAAGUGGCUGAUCCCUCCAAGACGUAUUCGCAUGAAAUAGACAGUACUAACGAUCGAGUCGUGGAGGAUGAAAUAUGGCAGCAAAAACAUAUUCCGAACUGGAGAACAAGACUAAUGUUUGAUACAAAAUCUGUACAUAAAACAUAUCUGGGCAUUAACUGCAGUGACUCAUUAUUUCACUAUACACACAAAAGUAUUUUGUAUAUCAGAAGUAAAUGCAUGACUGUGUAAGCCACGUCAUAAGGAUAUACUUUAAUCUUUUCAUACAGGUUUAUUAUGUCUCAAAAUAAUUUAUGACAUCUUGUAACACUGGUGGCGUGAAAAUACCCGCCAAUAUCAGUUUAUCAAAUAAAACGUUUACCUCAUACAUGUGCAUCAAAAUGUUAUAUAAAUCAUACACUAUAGGUAUGUCUUGAAAACUUUAAAAACUUAUUUAUUGAAAAGUAAAAUGUGUGAACCUAACUGGAUUAAAGGAAAACUUAUUUGAGCCGCGCCAUGAGAAAACCAACAUAGUGCGUUGCGACCAGCAUGGAUCCAGACCAGCCUGCGCAUCCGCGCAGUCUGGUCAGGAUCCAUGCUGUUCGCUUUCAAAGCCUAUUGCAAUUUGAGAAACUGUUAUUGACAGCAUGGAUCCUGACCAGUCUGUCGCAAAUGCACUAUGUUGGUUUUCUCAUUGCGCGGCUCAUUUUAUGUUACAAAAAUGUAUUUGAUUAAACACGUUUGAUUGAUGAUGUUCAAAAUUAUAUGUUGAAAGAAAUCAUAUCUACUUUACAUACUAUAUGUGAUUGCUUAUAACAGUAUGAAAUUGAUGUUGAAAACACGGGAUUUUUUGACACAAUAAAGUAUAAUUAAGAAAG